GUUUGCCUUCUUUCAGUCGUCUUUAUGUUAUGCUAAUCGAAAAAAACACCUAGGUAUCGACACUGUUUAGCCGUGUGAACGAAUUCUAUCCGACGAUUCGAAAUAGGCGACAACGGCUAGCUAACCUUGAACAGGCCGAUGUUUACAAGUAAAAGUCCGCGGUCAAAUAGCUAGCCCAAAGAGCUGUUACCGAAGACUCUGCGCGCUCGUAAAUUCCACGAUUGAAAUAUGUCUGUUCAGCCAAUCGAGAGAAAUCUGACGUUUUGCAUUGCAUGCUGGCAGAUGAGCUAAAUAGGAGACAAAUGGUAACCUCUGAAGUCUACCCCAGCACAGCAGAGAAAGAGAGCACGUCAGCGACCAGCUAGAGGCUGGGAGGACAGGCUUUUUGUGCUCGAAUGCGAUUAUCAUUGUCUGUCGAUUCAGUCUAUUUUUGGACAUAAAUCGCAAGCUGUACAUCAGCUGGUGGUCUAAACGAUGUUUCCAAAGCUUAAAACCGUGGCACGACUUUCGUUGCUAGCUGUUUGUCUGAUGGCACAUUGAUGCUACAAUUUGGGAGGGUGUCAUUACUAUUUCAAAAUUCAAUUGGAGCUAAAUGUGUCUACUAUUCUUUGGAUAAACUGAUUUAUAAAUUACUCCGACCCUGACUAGCCAUAUCGUCUUGUACGCCUACUCCGACCACUAAUUUGGUGACUAAGCUAGGUGCAGGGGAGAGGAAACACCAUAUUUUCAAUAGCUUGGGCAACUGGCAAGCUAACAACGUUUUAGCUAGCCGCUGCUUGUUUUCCACAUGCUCAAAAUUCUGUGAAAUGUGGAAAAUUUAACUAGCUAAAUAUUCCAGGAUUUAUUGAGUGCAUUUAUGCCAGUUAUUUGACACGUGUGGGCAUCCCCCCCCCAUUUAGUGGUGCUAGAUAAUCCUGCCCCUAUGACAAAAUAACCCCUCAUUAGAGGUUAGCUAGCCGAUUAGCCAACGUUAACCUGGUGAUGGUGUCGUAGUUGUCAGCAAAUAUCUCAAAACGGACACACUUGAAGAGAUCCUUCAAAGAGCAGCAAAUAAAAGGUGGUGGUUAAUGAAUGAUUCCAUGCUCGCUGUCAGAAAGCUGUGUCAUGGAUGAUGAGGACGAUCGCCGUCUUCUGGAUAUUAUAGGGGAUGUGCAGGCGUUGAAUGACUACCUCCACGGCUCCACCAACAAGUCUAUUGAGGAGGAUGACGUGACGAACGCAGCUUACGGCUCUGCCGGAACCUUCUUCACCAGUAACACUGCUGGCUCUAACUCCGGCCUCAAAGAUGAAGAGUUUGAGGAUUCAGCAGGGGUGGGCCUCCAGCUUUCCAGUAGCCUAUCGUUCAUUGAGGAUGAGCUGGGGGGAGAAGCUUCUCCAGGAGGAAUGGAUCUUGGCGGAGGAGAGGACCAGCCCUUUGACAUCCUGCAGAAGUCUCUCAUGGAGGCAGACAUCACUGAACAGACUCUGGAACAGGAGGCCAUGCUAGACUCCCAACCACCUCCCCCUCCUCUCCCCUCGGCCCCCUCCCCAUUCCCCCCCCAGCUGGUCUCGGGGGGGUACGGCAGCGGGGUCACCACAUCGACUGCAGCUUUUCCCAGUGGUCAGUUCCUCCAGGGUGUGUCCCAGCUGCCUAAUGGCCAGGCAGGGGGGCACAUCCAGGUGUUGGGGUCCUUUGGCGGGGGAGGGGUCCAGCAGAUCCUCCUCCGGCAGGGUGGUGGGGUAGGGGGGGCGGUGGGGGGAGUAGCUGCAGGGGGGCAGGUGUUUGCCACUCCCUCCCCAGUGGGCCAGGUGAACCAGGUAGGCUUGCCCUUUAAGAACAUCCCCCUGCAGAAUAUCAUCAUCCAGAGAGGACCUGGGGGCGCCCAGGCCCUGGUCAGACCUAUCCAGCCCAAACCCCUUCAAGCUGGGGCUCAGACAGUCUAUAGCCUGGGACUCCAGACCACAACCAACACCAUGGUUAACACCGCGGCCCAGGGACACUACACAGCUAACGGCUCCAUCCUGGUCCACUCUCCCUUGGGGCAGCAGAACCAGGGACAGCAAGGCCAGGCCAACCUGCCCCCGGGGCAGUACCUGGUCCACCACAAUGGCCCCUCAGACCCAUCCCAAUCAACCCUGCUAGCCAAUCAGAACACAGUACAGCUCGUCGCCGGGCAGAACUUCACGGCGGCGGGAGGUCAGCUGAUCCAGGUGGGAGGCAGCCAGGUGGGAGUAGGAGGAGCCAUGACCCAAACAUGGCAGAAUUUUCCUGGUACGAACCCUGCCCCAGUACAGGCGGCAUCAAACCAGGGGCGUCUGACGCUGGUUGGAACGGCGACUGGGGUUCGAGGGCAGGUGUCGGGCAGCCCAGUGCAGCGCCUCGUACUGUCUCAGACUCAGAACAGCAGCUCCCUCUCCCCCCUGUCCCUCUCUGGUACUGGUACUGCCUCACAGGAACAGGAGUACUCACAGGACAAGCAGGCUCAGACACAACUCGUCAACCUCCUUGGAAACAAAGCUGUGAAAACAAUGACCUACAUCAGCCAAGAUGCCCCGCUAAACACGCAGGUCAGUGCUCAGAAGAGGCCGGCCCCUCAGCAGCUCACCAGAGGAGGAAUGAUGCUACAGCAGUUGAGGAUGGAUCAUUCGGGGGUUCUGUCACCUGACAUCGCCCGCUUCACCUCAUUGGAUGACGCACUGCACAGACUCCUCCCCUACCACGUGUUCCAUGGAGCUCCGCCCAACAGGGAAGAGUUUUCCCAAGUGGAUGAUGAGUUUGAGUCGACGGCGACUCAGGUGUUGAAGAGGACCCAGGUCAUGAUCAACAAAUACAGACGACUGCUGAUGGUGGAGGCUGAGCGCUCCAGUCCCUCCUCAGAGAUGGUGAUGAUUGACAGGACCUUCAACCAAGAGGAGCGCCAGAACCUGACACAAGACAAACGUAUGAUACUGGUGGACCCAGAUGGCUUCUUGGAAGAUUUCUGCUGUGGGGUGAAGACAUCUCCCCUCUCUCUACCCUGCCUCCCCAUGGACCCUCUCUCCACCCCCUCGUCCAGCCACGGCGGUAGACAGACGGGGAGGGGGGCGACCACAGACCCCCCUUACAGGACAGACCCCCAGUCGGGCUAUGGAGACCCGGGGGGAGGAGGGAGAGGAGGAAUAGACUCUUUUAAGAGUAUCAUGGACCUGAGGAGGACUCAACAUAGCAACUAUGGAAACAAAGCUGCCUCUAGCAACCACAGCAACUAUCACCAUGGCAAUGUGGCUGCUACUGCCACAGUCGCGAUGUCGACAGAGCCGGUACAGACUCAGUUCCUGUCUCACCUGUCCUCUCACCCCCAGGCCCCCCUGCCCCUCCCUCCCACCCUGCCCGACACAGACUCGGUUCUAGAGGCAGCUGUGAACAGCAUUCUAGAAUGUUAGACAGACAGAUUUGACAGACGGACGUGCCACCAUUCCAUCUCUCUCAUCCCCCUCCAUCCUUUGCCUCGCCGGCUCAUUCUUGGGGCUACAUGUUUGUUAUUGUUUAUUUUCUUAUUUUCCUCUCCCAUUGUCAGACCUUUUCAACCAGCUCUGAGUUAGUUACAGUCAUAGAAAUAUAAUCUAGAUUAUUUUUCUAUGGUUACAGUACUAUGGUUACUGUAGGACAACCAGGGGUCAUGACCUGUGUUACAUCAUGUCCUGUCGGGUGUGAGCCGGAAGAAGAUAUCAACCCCCUGAACCCCAACUUUAGCCACGUGCAAUUAUGCUGAAGAAUAUGAUGACGAUGAUGAUUCUGUGCCUGAGAAAUUCUAUGUUGUCCUUCAAAUGUUUACAUGAAGAAGCCUUGUAAGAAAUGUCCUUUAAUUUUUGCACCUGACAUUACACACCUUCACGCACUGAGUAUAACAAACAUUAGGAACACCCCCCCCCCCUCCUCCAUGAUAACAGCCUCAAUUCGUCGGGGAAUGACUCUAUAAGGUGUCGAAAGCAUUCCACAGGGAUGCUGGCCCAUGUUGACUCUAAUGCUUCCCACAGUUGUGUCAAGUUGACUGGGAUGACCUUUGGGUGGUGGAACAUUCUUGAUACACACAGGAAACUGUUGAGCGUGAAAAAUCCAGCAGCGUUGCCGUUUUUGACAGAGACCGGUGUGCCUGGCACAAUACAACCAUACCUCGUUCAAAGGCACUUACAUCUUUGGUCUUCUGAAUGGCAAACAUACACAAUCCAUGUCUCAAGGCUUAAAAAUACUCCUCCCCUUCAUCUACACUGAUUGAAGUGGAUUUAAGUGACAUAAUUAAGGGAUCAUAGUUUUCAUCUGGAUUCACCUGGUCAGUCUUAUGGAAUGGAAAGAGCAGGUGUUCUUAAUGUAUUGUAUACUCAGUGUAUAAUACCAUAGUCAUUUGAUGGAUUUGAUAACUACAAUAAAUAUAUUGUUCUUUUUCUGUUCUAUACUUCAGUUUUCAUAGUCAAGCUAGAGAGACUCACUCACACUCUGAGUGUCUUAACUACUAAAGCAGCUUUUGGUUUUCUGUCAGUUUUUUAAAAUGUAUCUUUGACAUUUUUCUUAUGUACCUUAAAGGUAUGUGAUGCCCCUCCGCGCGUGCACACACACACACAUUUUGUUCUUCUAUCCUCGUGGGGACCUAAAUUUAAUUUCCAUUCAAAAUCCUAUUUUACCUAACUUUAACCCCUAACCAUUUGUUGAGUUUGGGUUCUGCGCAUGUGACAAAGUUUGAACUCCUAACUCCUAAACCUAAUUGUAACCAUAAUUGUAACCAUAACCCUUAAGCUUAAAAUAGCCUUUGUCCUCAUGUACCCACAAGGGAUAAAACAUAUAUUUUAUUUACUUGUGGGGACUUUUGGGGGUUUUAGGUCCCCACAAGGAUAGAAAAACCAACCCACACAUCAAACACACACAUUUUGUUCUAUCUUCAUGGGGACCUAAAAUUAAUUUCCAUUCAAAAUCCUAUUUUUCCUGACCUUAACCUGGAACCCAAACCCUGAACCGAAUCCCUUACCCAAACCCUGAACCUAAUCCCUUACCCAAACCCUGAACUUAAUCCCUUACCCAAACCCUGAACUUAAUCCCUUACCCAAACCCUGAACCUAAUCCCUUACCCAAACCCUGAACCUAAUCCCUUACCCAAACCCUGAACCUAAUCCCUUACCCAAACCCUGAACCUAAUCCCUUACCCAAACCCUGAACCUAAUCCCUUACCCAAACCCUGAACCUAAUCCCUUACCCAAACCCUGAACCUAAUCCCUUACCCAAACACUGAACCUAAUCCCUUACCCAAACCCUGAACCUAAUCCCUUACCCAAACCCUGAACCUAAUCCCUUACCCAAACCCUGAACCUAAUCCCUUACCCAAACCCUGAACCUAAUCCCUUACCCAAACACUGAACCUAGUCCCUUACCCAAACCCUAAUUGUAAGCAUAACCCUAAACCUAACCUCUAAGCUUAAAAUAGCAUUUGUCCUCAUGGGGAUGUGGGAAAUGUCCCCACGAGGGGAGAAUUUUUCUUGUUUUACUAUCCUUGUCCCCACAAGUAUAGUAGAACCAAGACACACACACACACACGUGUAUUGGUGUUGGGGGGAGCUAACUCCUCAGAUUGAGGGAAAAAUGUUACGACAUGUUUAUCUUUUUUUAUUUAGAUUAGAUUUAGUUAAUUUUUUUAAAUGAAACAUCACCAUUAUUUGUGUUGUUAGUGAUGUGUGUCCCAGCGAUGUCAACACGCAACCAUGGCAAUGUCUUACUGUCAUGUGAUACAAUGACCCUGGAAGGUCAUGGAUUGUAUAUGUAUGUCCACUCUCUGAACGUGUGCUGGUGUGUUCGUAUGUUUGUUGUGUGUUCACUCACCCCAGAUGAAUGUUACUCGUUCCCUAGCACACUUAGUUUCCCCUCCUCCACUCUAUCCUUCUCUCCCUCCCCACAGUUAAGAGAUGAGAGACAAGUGUAUGCUAAACUCUGCUUUUAAACUGACUGAAGGAACAGACUGAAGGCCUUAGAUAGAAAGUGUCUUCUGUCUGAGUGAGUAAGGGCUUGAAUGGUCGUGUUCUCCUGCUCAAACGUUGCAUACAUCAACCAAUGGUUGCGUGCCACGUCCUUGACUGUGCCGUGGCGUCGGGCACCAGAUUGCUAGAACAUAUGUGGCACGUCUAUCCUAUCCUGGUGUUGCAAGGUCUUCAUGUGCCAGCAGUGUCUGAGCAGAGGAACACAACCACUGGGUGUGGCCUUCUCAGCCCUGGUCCUGAGGACCACUGUGUCUGCUGGUCGACACUCAAAUGACACACUAUUCCCCAUAUAUUUUUACCCAGAGCCUAUGUAACUCACCCUAUGUGACUCAAAAGUCGUGGACUAUAUGGGAAGUAAUUCCACACAGGAGUGUCUUGAGGGGUUGAGGUACUAGGCUAUGCCCUUUCUGCCAAGGAGAGCAAUACAUUUCUACUUUCUUGACCCGUCUUCACUGUUGACUUUAUUUUGGUCUGUCUCACUAUCUACAUGAUUUGUAUAGGGGCUUUUUUGGUAUAAAAAAUGAAAACGUGAAACACAAAAUAUUUAUAAUUUUUUGUAAGGAAAACCCCAGAUAAAAAACAUGAGAAAAUGAAGUAAUUUUUUAUUCUGUUGGCUUUGAAGUGUUCCAAGAGAAAUUGUUACAAAAUACUGUCAGUUGUUCAUUUCUAGUUUGUGUGUUUACUACAACAGCAAAAAUAGGUCAAUAAUAAAUUCAUUUUGAAUACAAUCAUAAA